AUGCAGGCUUUUCUUCACCGAAUGAUUCAACGUGCUGCUGCCAAAGAGGAUAAAAAUGUCACAGAAGAGACAGUUAAGAUGUUGUUUUCAAAUAUUGAAGAUAUUCUUGCAGUUCACAAAAACUUCCUGUCCCUGGUGGAGGAGUGUUUACAACCAGAACCUAAUGCACAUCAUGAAGUUGGAACCUGCUUUCUGAAUUAUAAAGAGAAAUUCCGUAUCUACGAUGAAUACUGUAGUAACCACGAGAAGGCACAGAAAGUUCUGCUUGACCUGAACAAAAUAAGAACAGUGCGGACUUUUCUUUUGAAUUGCAUGCUCCUUGGAGGACGCAAGAACACAGACGUACCAUUGGAAGGAUAUCUAGUAACGCCAAUACAGAGAAUAUGCAAGUAUCCCCUUCUUUUGAAGGAAUUACUGAAGCGGACUCCAAGGAAGCACAGUGACUAUGCGGCUCUAAUGGAAGCCCUCCAGGCCAUGAAGGCUGUCUGUUCCAACAUAAACGAAGCCAAAAGACAAAUGGAAAAAUUAGAGUUUUUGGAAGAAUGGCAGUCUCACGUUGAAGGAUGGGAGGGGUCUAACAUUACAGACACGUGCACAGAAAUGCUACGAAGUGGACUACUACUGAAAAUUUCAGCAGGAAAUAUCCAAGAGAGGAUAUUUUUCCUUUUUGAUAACCUCUUGGUCUACUGCAAAAAAAAGCACAGGCGAUUGAAGAACAGCAAAACAUCUACAGAUGGCCACCGUUACCUGUUUCGAGGCAGAAUAAACACAGAAGUGAUGGAAGUAGAGAAUGUAGAUGAUGGAACAGCUGACUACCACAGCAGUGGCCACACCGUCAUUAAUGGCUGGAAGAUCCACAACACGGCAAAGAAUAAGUGGUUUGUAUGCAUGGCAAAAACCCCUGAAGAGAAGCAAGAAUGGCUGGAAGCUAUUUUGAAAGAGCGAGAGAGAAGAAAAGGUUUAAAAUUGGGCAUGGAACAGGACACUUGGGUGAUGAUCUCUGAGCAAGGAGAAAGACUGUACAAAAUGAUGUGCAAACAAGGGAAUCUCAUCAAAGACAGGAAGAGGAAAUUAACCACUUUUCCCAAAUGCUUUCUUGGAAGUGAAUUUGUGUCCUGGCUGUUGGAAAUUGGAGAGAUACACAAAUCUGAAGAAGGUGUUCACCUUGGCCAAGCUUUAUUAGAGAAUGGCAUAAUCCAUCAUGUUACAGAUAAGCACCAAUUCAAACCUGAACACAUGCUGUAUAGAUUCCGAUAUGAUGAUGGAACAUACUACCCCAGAAAUGAGAUGCAGGAUGUGAUCUCUAAGGGUGUACGACUGUACUGUCGCCUUCACAGUCUGUUUACCCCAGUAAUUAGGGAUAAAGAUUAUCAUUUGAGAACCUACAAAUCUGUGGUUAUGGCUAACAAAUUCAUAGAUUGGUUGAUUGCACAGGGGGAUUGCCGGACGAGGGAGGAAGCUAUGAUAUUUGGUGUGGCUCUUUGUGACAAUGGGUUUAUGCAUCAUGUCUUAGAGAAAAGUGAAUUUAAAGAUGAACCAUUGCUGUUCCGUUUUUAUGCGGAUGAAGAAAUGGAAGGAUCAAAUAUGAAGCACAGACUCAUGAAACAUGAUCUGAAAGUAGUGGAAAAUGUCAUAGCCAAGUCAUUACUGAUUACAUCUAAUGAAGGCACCUAUGGUUUUGGUUUAGAAGAUAAAAAUAAGGUGCCUAUUAUUAAAGUGGUGGAGAAAGGAUCAAAUGCUGAGAUGGCAGGCUUGGAAGUUGGGAAGAAAAUCUUUGCCAUUAAUGGUGACCUGGUUUUUCUGAGACCCUUCAGUGAAGUGGAUUGCUUCCUGAAAGCCUGUUUAAACAGCAGAAAGCCCCUGCGGGUUCUUGUGAGCACUAAACCACGGGAGACAGUGAAGAUUCCUGACUCUGCAGAUGGGCUUGGAUUCCAAAUCCGGGGCUUUGGCCCAUCAGUUGUCCAUGCUGUUGGGAGAGGAACAGUGGCAGCUGCGGCAGGCCUCCAUCCUGGCCAGUGCAUAAUCAAAGUGAAUGGAAUUAAUGUCAGCAAAGAGACUCAUGCAAGUGUCAUUGCUCAUGUCACAGCGUGCAGGAAGUACAGGCGACCAAUGCAGCAAGAUUCUAUACAGUGGGUUUACAACAGCAUUGAAAGUGCACAGGAGGAUCUUCAGAAAACAAACACUAAACCCUCUGGAGAUGAUGGAGGCGAUGCCUUUGACUGCAAAGUGGAAGAGGUAAUUGACAAAUUUAACACCAUGGCAAUAAUUGAUGGGAAGAAAGAUCAUGUCAGUCUGACUGUUGACAAUGUUCACUUGGAGUAUGGAGUGGUUUAUGAGUAUGACAGCACAGCUGGAAUAAAGUGCCAUGUCUUGGAAAAAAUGAUUGAACCAAAGGGAUUUUUUAGCUUGACUGCAAAGAUUCUUGAAGCACUGGCAAAAAGUGAUGAACAUUUUGUGCAGAAUUGCAACAGCCUCAGUUCCUUAAAUGAAGUGAUCCCCACCGAGCUUCAAAGUAAAUUCAGUGUCAUUUGCAGUGAGAAAAUUGAGCAUAUUUACAGAAGAAUCUCUAGUUAUAAAAAGUUUUCAAGAGUAUUAAAAAACAGAGCUUGGCCUACCUUCAAACAAGCUAAGUCAAAGAUUUCACCACUUCACAGCAGUGAUUUCUGUCCAACCAAUUGCCAUAUCAAUGUGAUGGAAGUGUCUUACCCUAAGACCUCAACUUCCCUUGGUAGUGCCUUUGGUGUACAGUUAGACAGCAGAAAACAUUCUUCCCAUGAAAAGGAAAAUAAAAACACUGAUCAAGGUAAACUGAAUCCCAUGAUUUAUGUCCAGCAUACCAUUACUACUAUGGCUGCCCCUUCAGGACAGUCUCUUGGCCAGCAAGAGGGCCACGGUCUGAGGUACCUCUUAAAAGAAGAGGAUUUAGAAACACAAGAUGUCUAUCAAAAAUUGCUAUUGAAAUUACAAGCUGCACUGAAAGAGGUGGAAACAUGUGUCUGUCAAAUAGAUGACCUUCUUUCUUCAAUAACAUAUUCUCCCAAAUCAGAACGAAAAACGCCUGAGCCCUUAAUACCAGCAGACAGUGAUAAUGAAAAGGGUGAAAGGAAUGGGAAAAAAGUCUGUUUCAGUGUGACAGGUGAUGAACAGGAAGAUUCUGGUCACGAUACCAUCAGUAACAGGGAUUCUUACAGCGAUUGCAACAGCAAUAGGAACUCCAUUGCCUCUUUCACCAGCAUUUGUAGCAGUCAGUGCAGUUCUUAUUUUCACAGUGACGAAAUGGAUUCAGGCGAUGAGCUUCCCAUAAGUGUUCGAAUCUCCCAUGAUAAACAGGACAAGCUCCUUAGCUGCUUGGAGCAUCUUUUUGGCCAAGUUGAUUCAAUUGUCAGUCUUCUGAAAGGACCAGCUGUGAUGAGGGCCUUUGAACAGACAAAAUACUUUACACCAGGUCGAGGCCUCCAAGAAUUUCAGCAGGAAAUGGAACCAAAGCUUAACUGUCCAAAGAGGCUACGACUCCACAUCAAGCAAGACCCUUGGAACCUUCCCAGCAGUGUCCGGAGCCUUGCCCAGAAUAUCAGAAAAUUUGUUGAAGAGGUGAAGGCACGAAUACUGUUGGCACUUCUUGAGUAUACAGACAGCGAGAUACAGCUGAGGCGAGACAUGGUCUUCUGUCAGAGCCUGGUGGCCACAGUCUGUGCAUUUUCAGAGCAGCUAAUGGUGGCCUUAAAUCAGAUGUUUGACAACAACAAAGAAUAUGAAAUGGAGACACUGGAGGCCAGCAGGAGGUGGUUGGAACAGAUAGCCAGUGCAGGUCUUCUCCUUCAUUUCCAGUCCCUGCUCUCGCCAAACCUGACUGAUGAGCAAGCCAUGCUAGAAGAUACAUUGGUUGCAUUGUUUGACUUGGAAAAAGUUACUUUUUACUUCAGACAAUCAGAGCCAGAACCCUUAUUUGCGAAUGUACCAAUCACAUACCAAGCAGAAGGAAGCCGGCAAACACUGAAGGUUUACUUCUACCUUGAUAGUUACCAUUUUGAACAGCUUCCUCAAAGGCUGAAGAAUGGAGGGGGAUUUAAAAUCCAUCCAGUACUUUUUUCACAAGCACUGGAGAGCAUGGAAGGAUACUAUUACAGAGACAGUGUCUCAGUAGAAGAAUUUCAAGCUCAGAUUAAUGCAGCCUCACUAGAAAAAGUCAAGCAGUAUAACCAGAAACUACGGGCAUUCUACCUGGACAAGUCAAACUUGCCCCCAAAUUCAACAUCUAAAGCAGCUUAUAUAGAUAAGCUGAUGAGGCCUCUCAAUUGCUUGGAUGAACUUUACCGACUCAUAGGGUCCUUCAUCCGUUCCAAGCGCACCGCUGCCUGUGCAUACACUGCGUGCAGUGCUUCUGGAGUGGGAUUGCUUUCCGUGUCAUCCGAACUCUGUAGCAGGCUUGGAGCUUGUCACAUCAUUAUGUGCAACAGUGGAGUUCACCGCUGCACUCUGAGUGUUACCCUGGAGCAGGCCAUCAUCCUGGCUCGGAGCCACGGGCUACCUCCUCGCUACAUCAUGCAAGCUACGGAUGUCAUGCGCAAGCAGGGUGCGAGAGUACAAAACACAGCCAAGAAUUUAGGAGUGAGGGAUCGAACACCACAGUCUGUGCCAAGAUUAUACAAGCUAUGCCAGCCACCACCACCUGUUGGAGAAGAGUGAGGAGAACUGCUCCAGGAAACAAUCCAAUAAUGACCUUUAGGAUACUGGGACUGUAUGACAAAAAUCCAACUGUGCUAGAGCAGUAUGUCCCGAGGGCUUUGAUAAAUAAAUAAAAAAAAAAAGAAAACCAACCUUUUACUCAGGAUAAAGAAAGAAAUACCCUAAAUAUUCUCUAUUGGCAUUGAAGAAUGUCUUCCAAAAAACGUUUCUGAAAUCUGUGUACUCCAGCCUUACGCUAGUAGUUCAGGAAUCUUCCUUGGGAAUUUUACACUGGAAUCAGAUUAAUUUGAUGUAUCUUGUUCAUUAUAGGUAUAGCCAGCAGCUUGAAAACAAAUGUCUUUUUCAGAGGGAAUGCCUUCACUUGUACACUGUACAGAAUGCGUUCUUGUAGCAGGAAUAAAAGCGUACGUAAGCUAGGCUUGAUAAUGAGCAUGCACUUCAUAUGAGGAGGCCCUUUGCACUUGAUAAAGCUUUUUUUCCUGUCGCUGUCCUAAUUUCUCAGAACGUUCAUGUUACUGUUUCAAGGAUAUAAUGUGAGGUUUAAAGAUGGAAAACUUGUCUCAGAGUUGUGUUUAAUGGCUGCAGGCAAACUGCUGCUAUGAAUGUGUGCUUGUAAUCAGUAAGCUCAGCCUUAUCUGAAGCAGUGCAUUGUCACACUGGAAGGAGGACCUAUAUCACAUUAGGAAGAGUACCUGGAUAGCAUGUGAGGUGAAGUUCUGCCCUUUUUUAGUUGCCAUUAUAGUGAAGGAAAAGAAUAAGUCUGACCUUCACCCACUGUUAGGCUGAAUUUCAGACUCUGUCUAGUGGAUGUUUCACAUUUUUGCGUCUCUGCAUUUCAGAGUUUUCCAGAUUUGUGUAUAAUCUUCUAUAGCACUACACUAGCAAAUUUACAUAAGGCAGGGAUGAGUCAGUGUUGUUAUGUUUAACUGGAUAUGUCUGUGGUUUAAGUUGAAGCAUAGUUCGGGGUUUUGAUAUUUUAUGCUACCAUUUCCCAUAUUUGGUCAGAAUUGUUUUGUAAAGCAUUUCAGUUCUGUGGUGUGGUAGUUGUUAUAAAUUUAUUUUGAAUUUGUACUGCCUGUUUAGAGGUCCCAGGGAAAAUUUAUCUGCAUUUGGCUGUUCUUUUGGCCAAAGAAUUUUCAGAGAAAAUGCCCCAAAAUGAGGUUUGAAAUGUGAACACAUUAGAAGAAAAACUGUAUUCUGAAAUAGCUCUACUCGUAGCAGUAG